GUGGCUAGAUCAUUGGUUGGAGGACCUUCUAAUGGGAAAGCCAAGACUAAGUAAAGGAAGCCAUAUUUUAGACCACAAUCGAGUGAAAGAGGUCCAACCCAUUCUCAACCGUAGUAGUAUCAGCCAUCUAGAGAGUACCAAUGUUACAAGCAUGGCUUUUGUGAAGGCCGUGGCUCCAUGGAUCGAACCAGAACCCGGUUCAAAUCUCCGCCAUGACAGUUCUUCCCAUUUUGCCACGUAA